GGAGCUCUCCGGAAGAUGGGGAGCAAGGCCCUGCCGGCGCCCAUCCCGCUGCACCCGUCGCUGCAGCUCACCAACUACUCCUUCCUGCAGGCGGUGAACACCUUCCCCGCCGCGGUGGACCACCUGCAGGGCCUGUACGGGCUCAGCGCCGUGCAGGCCAUGCACAUGAACCACUGGACGCUGGGCUACCCCGGGGUGCACGAGCUCGCCCGCUCCGCCCUCGCCGAGGUGGCGGCCGCGCAGGGCCUGGUGGACGCCCGCUUCCCGCUCCCCGCGCUGCCCCUCACCACGCACCUGCUCCACCCCAAGCAGGGCGCCAUCGCCCACGUCCUCCCCGCCCUGCACAAGGACCGGCCCCGAUUUGACUUUGCCAACUUGGCGGUGGCCGCCACGCAAGAAGAUCCCCCGAAGGUGGGAGACCUGAGCAAGCUGAGCCCGGGGCUGGGGGGCCCCGUCUCUGGCCUCGGGAAACUGACUCCAGACAGAAAGCCCUCCCGAGGGAGGCUGCCCUCCAAAACCAAGAAGGAGUUCAUCUGCAAGUUCUGCGGCCGACACUUCACGAAAUCCUACAAUUUGCUCAUCCACGAGAGGACGCACACGGACGAGAGGCCGUACACGUGUGACAUCUGCCACAAGGCCUUCCGGAGGCAGGACCACCUCCGCGACCACAGGUAUAUACAUUCCAAAGAAAAGCCGUUCAAAUGUCAGGAGUGUGGGAAAGGAUUUUGUCAGUCUAGAACUCUAGCAGUUCACAAAACUUUACAUAUGCAGGAAUCUCCACACAAAUGCCCCACAUGUGGAAGAACCUUUAAUCAGAGAAGUAAUCUGAAAACUCACCUUCUCACCCAUACAGACAUCAAGCCCUACAGCUGCGAGCGGUGCGGGAAAGUGUUCAGGCGAAACUGUGAUCUGCGGCGGCACAGCCUGACGCACACCCCGCGGCAGAACUUCUAG